AUGCAGACGCCGCAACUAGCAGGCCAGCCAGUUAACUGCCAAAGCCCAGCACAACCAGAGCCCCAAGCCCAGCAGCAAGCGCAGGUAGCAAAUUUUGAAGCCAUGCAUCUAGCAGACACUUUGGCUUCGCACGAUGGUCGUCCACUGGUGAGCUUCACGUACGCGCAUAGAAGCCACAUCAACUCUAUUUGCCAGUUCCUGCUGGGAUACCGCUACGAUUUGGACGAUCCGCGGUUCGUCCCGCUGCAGGAGGCUCUGUCCAGCUUUACACUGCAGACAGCAGCUGCACCUAUCGAGCACCGAGCGGUCUGGUUGCGCCGUACGCUGAUCGAACCUAUCUGGCCCAGCUCCGUCAGCGCAAACCGCCGCCAUAAGAUAUCCAAACUCAACGCCGUGCUCAGAGAAUUAGUUCAGAAGAACGAGGAGACCAAGAGCACUGGACGCGCGAAAAGCUAUAUCGACCUGUACCUGGAGAAGAUCCGCGAAGCGGAGAAACCCCAUGAUGAGAAUUACACAGUGGAUACACUGGUUGGAAACAUGGUUGACAUUAUGAUGGGUGCGGCCACCAGCGGCAACUAUUACCUACACUGGCACCUGCUCAACGUAGCCAGCCGCCCUGACACGCUGCAAGCUGAUUUGCAACGAGAGAUUGAAGCCGUCGUAGGCAGUGAUCGCCCGCCAUGCUGGGAUGACCACACGUCUAUGCCACUAACCAUGGCCACCAUCUGGGAGAUGUUCCGCUGGAAGCUGGCCACACCAUUCAACAUACCGCGCGCUGUGGAAAAAGAUACAAACAUCGGUGGCUACGACGUCAGGAAGGGCACCGUGAUAUCUCCAAAUCUGAUGACAGCCCACAGAGACCAUACAUUAUGGAAGAAUCCGGACGAAUUCGACCUUUCGCGGUUCUUGAAUCCCGACGGCACAGCCAAGACAACGAGACCUGACGGUCUGCUUUCUUUUUCCGUUGGUGAGGUCAACCUUUUCAAUGAACACUUAAAGCACAGUGACAGAGGCCAGUAA